CUUUGGGCUUUAGGUCCUACUUUCAGCUUAGCGGAUGGCCUCGCCAGAGGAGUACCUGUGUCCCCGAUGAUGAUGUACUUGAAGAGAUAAGCGAACUUAACGCUUCCUCUUUCGAAACCUCUAAGCCUCCACCGGGCAUUCUGGUCUCCAGCCGAAAGGGGGCGCUGCCCAGCUCAUCAUUUCCGACCUGUUGCCUCCCUGCUACCAACUCACUGGUUCCGCAAAAGAAUCCGCCAAUCCCCAGAGGGAGACGCGAGUGUUGGCGGAAGUGACGGAUAUUCCGUUUCCGGCGGGGGCGGUGGGAGCUAUGAGGGAGCUGAAGCGGUGGUAGCGGUUGUGUUGAAGAUGGAGUUUCCCGGAGGAAAUGACAAUUACCUGACGAUCACAGGGUCCUCGCACCCCUUCCUGUCGGGGGCCGAGACAUUCCAUACUCCAAGUCUGGGCGAUGAGGAAUUUGAGAUCCCUCCUAUUUCGUUGGACUCUGACCCCUCAUUAGCUGUCUCUGAUGUGAUCGGCCACUUUGAUGACCUUGGAGACCCCACCUCCUCACAGGAUGGCAGCUUUUCAGCCCAGUAUGGGGUCCAAACAUUGGAUAUGCCUGUGGCCAUGACUCAUGGCUUGAUGGAACAGGGCGGGGGGCUCCUGAGUGGGGGCUUGGCCAUGGACUUGGACCACUCUAUAGGGACUCAGUAUAGUGCCAACCCACCUGUCACAAUUGACGUACCAAUGACAGAUGUGUCAUCUGGCUUGAUGGGACACAGCCAACUAACCACCAUUGACCAGUCAGAGCUGAGUUCUCAGCUUGGCUUGAGUUUAGGGGGUGGCACUAUCCUCCCAUCUGCCCAGUCACCUGAGGAUCGGCUUUCAACCACCCCUUCACCUACUAGCUCCCUUCAUGAGGAUGACGUUGAGGAUUUCCGGCGGCUCCCGAGUCAGAAGACAAUUGUGGUAGAGUCAAGCAAAAAGCAGAAGACUCCAAAGAAAAAGAAGAAGAAAGAUCCCAAUGAACCCCAGAAACCAGUCUCAGCAUAUGCCUUGUUCUUCCGUGACACGCAGGCAGCCAUCAAGGGACAGAAUCCCAAUGCUACUUUUGGGGAGGUUUCAAAAAUUGUGGCCUCCAUGUGGGACAGUCUUGGAGAAGAGCAAAAACAGGUAUAUAAAAGGAAAACUGAAGCUGCCAAGAAGGAAUAUCUGAAGGCUUUGGCAGCUUAUAAAGCCAAUCAGGUGUGUCAGACUGCUGUGGAGACAAUGGAAUUGGAUCCAGUGACACCACAGCAGACUCCUCCCCCCUCUCCUGCUGCAACAGUUGUUGUGCCAGCCUCUCCAGCACCAGCACCAGUACCAGCAUCAGCAUCAACAGAGCCCCCUUCCCUGUCCUCUUCCAUUGUGGUUAAAUCCACCCUGUCAUCCUAUGUGACAAGCCAGACAUCUGGUGGGACAGGGGCCCAGACCAGCAUCACCAAGAUCAUUAUAUCCAAACAGACGUUGACAUCUAGCCAGUUGACUUCUUCUAUUGCCAUGUCCCAAGGGGGCAUGGUCACAGUCAUCCCAGCCACAAUGGUGACUUCCCAGGGGCUUCAGUUAAGCCAAAUCCAGGCAGCUACCAGCACGUCUACCAUUGAUCAGAGCCAACAAGCCAAGAUUGUUACCCGAUCUGUGUUGCAGGCAGCAGCAGCUGCUGCUGCUUCUAUGCAGUUGCCUCCGCCUCGACUGCAGCCCCCUCCACUGCAACAGAUGCCUCAACCACCCACUCAGCAACAAGUAACCAUUCUGCAGCAGCCUCCCCCACUCCAGGCCAUGCAGCAGCCCCCACAGCAAAAGGUUCGUCUUAGCCUCCAACAGCCGCCUCCUCUGCAGAUCAAGAUUGUUCCUCCACCUACAUUACAUAUUCAGCCUGCUUCUGUCCCACCUGCUCUGGAGAGUAGCCCUGAACAGCCGGUUACCACUAGUCCUGAGCCCCAUGCAGUGGAGGCAACUUCUCCUGAGCCAAUUGAGAUGAUCACAGAUGUUGUACCUGAGGUUGAAUCUCCUUCUCAGAUGGAUGUUGAGCUGGUGACUGGGUCUCCUGUGACACUCUCCCCUCAGCCACGAUGUGUGAGGUCAGGUUGUGAGAACCCUCCAGUUGUGAGUAAGGACUGGGACAAUGAAUACUGCAGCAAUGAGUGUGUAGUGAAGCACUGCAGGGAUGUAUUCCUGGCCUGGGUGGCAUCCAGAAAUUCAAGCACAGUGGUGUUUGUGAAAUAGUCCAUCCCAUCUCCCAAGCCAGUGAAAACUUAUCAGCCUGUACGUGAAACACAAGCUGGGCUUCUGGUGAUGCUCGAUUCCAGUCAAUAAUGGCCCUCCGUGCUUCUUCCCUUUUCUUUUCUUGGAUAGGGGCCAGGCUUUGGAGGAGGGCCACCAUGUUUGCUGAAAUCUGGGGCUGCUUUAUACAUUCAAGUACAAGCAGGGGGCCCAGUGAUGACAGCAGAGGAGUUGGGGGAGUGAGACAGAAUAUGGGGAUGUCGGGGUAGGGGAGUUAUUUGAUUCUUUUAAAGAAAAAAAUUGUUGGUAUAAUUUUCGAAGGACUUGCCUAAAAGAUAAUUAAAAUAAUAAAGAAAAUAUAUAGCUCUGAACCUCAGAGGAAAACAA